AUGGCGGCGGUAGUAGUAGUAGUGGUAGAAGUAGUAGUGGUAGUAGUAGUAGUAGUAGUAGUAGUAGAAGAAGAAGAAGAAGAAGAAGAAGAAGAAGAAGAUGAUGAUGAUGAUGAUGAUGAUGAUGAUGAUGAUGAUGAUGAUGAUGAUGAUGAUGAUGAUGAUGAUGAUGAUGAUGAUGAUGAUGAUGAUGAUGAUGAUGAUGAUGAUGAUGAUGAUGAUGAUGAUGAUGAUGAUGAUGAUGAUGAUGAUGAUGAACUAGCCAAUCAAGUUGGAAACCGACAAACUUAG